AUCCUUUCAUCCUUCAAUACCACAAGUUUUCGUUGAGUGAAUUUUUUUUUACCUAUUCGGUGGGAUAAAGCAGCGUGUCUCCGCUUCGAUUGGUCGCCGGUUAAAGUUUUCUGGGUGAUGAUGGAGAAUCGAGUGGUGUGAAGUUUGAUUAGGAAGACAGCUUUACCUUCUUCAAAGACACUUUUUUACAAAUUUCCACAGCAUCCUUCGAUGCCUAUUACUCUUUUUCAUGGUAAACACCCAAAUGUCACGGACCGUUGGUCGUGACCGUGUAAGGCUCAAUGAAUGGGACGGACCGACUGGCUAGUAUGUCGGGUGAGGCAUGUGGGAGGCAAUAGCGUCAAGGAGGGUUCUGCCUUAGACGCUGAGGUCUGGCCGAGUUGGGCAUGUGGGGCUUGACUAUGAAGGAGACGGAGGCGUGUCUGAAGGCACAACUGGUCGGGAGCUAUUGUCGUUCCCCUGAUGAGCCCAAGGCAGGGCGAAACCAGUCUGGUCCCGUAUGAGAGUAAGGCUGGUCCGCGGGGUGAGGGACCCCGGGACGCCGCACGGGCGCUGUGGGCUGCGCUAGACUCUAUGCCCGUGACAAGUGGUAUCAGAGCGGGUCAUGCUUAUAUUGUCGCGUGUUAUGGUGGGGUCCUCGUGAGGGAUGAGGACUAUGCGAGCAUGGUGGCUUUAGGGCCGGUACGUGCUGAUGACGGCUCCACUCCUGAUGGUCCGCAGGGGCGGAUGGGUUCCUGAGGGAAUGGGAACUCGAGUGGCCACCAGCUCGGCCGGGCUGCUUGAGAGAGAAGCGGCCUGGUGAUGAGGUGCGUUGACAAUAUUAAGCAUGGCGAUCCUUGGGCAGGGUCGUCUCCCCUAGCACGAGGACGUGCUAGAUUUUGGGUGGGGGAGAAUGUCACGGACCGUUGGUCGUGACCGUGUAAGGCUCAAUGAAUGGGACGGACCGACUGGCUAGCAUGUCGGGUGAGGCAUGUGGGAGGCAAUAGCGUCAAGGAGGGUUCUGCCUUAGACGCUAAGGUCUGGCCGAGUUGGGCAUGUGGGGCUUCACUAUGAAGGAGACGGAGGCGUGUCUGAAGGCACAACUGGUCGGGAGCUAUUGCCGUUCCCCUGAUGAGCAGAAGGCAGGGCGAAACCAGUCUGGUCCCGUAUGAGAGUAAGGCUGGUCCGCGGGGUGAGGGACCCCGGGACGCCGCACGGGCGCUGUGGGCUGCGCUAGACUCUAUGCCCGUGACACAAAGCUAGCUUUGAAGAAAAUCAAGAAAAAUCCGGUCUUCACCUCAGCAGUCUCUUAUAAUCAACCGAUUAAUGUUCAUUUCUGGUCAAUUCAUGCUCCGGAUUUUGUGCAAGUUAGUUUUAACAUAAUUUAUAUUUAAAUAUUUAGCUUUGAAUCGAGUUGAAUAAAAAUUUGGCUUGUUUCGUGUAGGGGUGAGCAGACCCGGAUCAAAAUCAAAUGGGCUGUACUCAAUCUGUAAUUGUUAAAAGGGAAAAGGGCCAAAAAUGACACCAAAGUUUUUAAUGAAUCUCAAAUAAGACAUUCAGGUUUUUGGAGGACCAAAUAAACACAAAAUCUAACUUUUACACUAAUUUUAAACCACCCAUUGACUUUCCCCUUCUAACGCCCGUUACUCUUUUAUAAACUCCUUUUCCUGCGCUGCGAUUAACCAUACCACCCCCAAUUUAUACAUUCAACAACCCUAAUUGGCCGCUAGGAUCUUGAAAUCCCCUUCCAUUCCUCUAGCCAUCAGACUCCUCUCGACCUCUCCCCUAACCGCGCACCAUUAUCAUCCCGACCUUUAUGCACGGCGGCUGAGACCCGGACCCAGAAACUUGAGUGCAUCGCCUACGAGCUUCUGGACCUCACCCGCAGUGUACUGCUCGGCCUAAUCCAGCUCUGCUGAGCCUGCGGCGGCUGAAACCAAGGCUGCAGAGAGACCAUGUUCAAUCUAAAUUAAAGUUGGAGAUGUUCCGCGCACAUAACGACUAAGAUCAAGGUCAUUAAGGAGAUAAGAGCUUUUACAAGUUUGGGUUUAAAGGAAGCAAAGGAGCUGGUCGAGAAAGCUCCGGUUGUGGUGUAAAAUGGGCUCAGUAAACAAGAAGGUACUACCAUUAUCUACAAGCUACUGCCGUACCGGAAUAACUCACCAAUUGUAUUCUUUUUUCUCUUUAUUGUAGAAAAACUUUUACAGCUGCCGGAAAAAUGAAAUUUUUAAUGUUUGCUUAGAUGGGAUUAUUGAUAUCCCAUCCCACAAUUUGAUUGGUGUAUUCACACACCAUGAAUUGCAUUAUCAUUUAGCUGGUCUAAAUUGUUGUUUGGUUCAUAUUUUUUUGGAGUUGGAAGUACUACUUCGAUUUGCAGCGCCCUGGCUUGGCCUAGCCGGCCUGCACAUGCCAAGUAUAUAAAAGUGGACAUGAUUGAUGAUGGAUGGCCGGAUAAAUGAGCGACAUGCAUGGUGAAUAUACAAACCGGGCAGCUAAUUAAGGAACUAAGUAACUAGCUAACUACUGAUGGGUGAUGGGUGAUGACGACCCUGAGAUCAUCCUUCAAACAACCGAGGGGUUGUUUGGUUCAUUUACUAGGCAACGGUGUUAGAGCAGACUGUUAGUGGGUGGUUAAAAAUGAAGGUAAAAGUAUAAAAUUGGGUUUAUUUGGUCCACUUAAAACCUAAGUGUCCUAUCCGAGAUUCAUUAAAAACCUUAAUGUUCUUUUUGGCCCUUAUCCCUUGUUAAAAUUAUUGUUCUCAUUGGAAUGGUCCAUCUUUCCCGUCAUUCAAUCUGUCUCCCAGAUCUUAGUUUUCAGGCGGGAAGAUGGCAUGCUGUUCCACGGCGCUUUGUAUAUAGAGGAAGAGGGAUACUGUGAAGUUAUAGAUGGGCAUAGAUGGUUCAGCACAUCCAAUGGGAGAGAGACUAGAGUUCAUCUUUUACGACCAAGAGGUCAUUAAUUCAGUUGCUCCAUCAAAGGUCAUCAAUUCAGUUGCUCCAUCAAAGAAAACGAUUUCUUUUAAGAAAAGGGACAUCUUUUACCUCUUCGUGACCAAUACUAGUAUCUUGGAAGCCUGUGAUUGAAAACUAUGUCUCUUUUUCAAUCGGGAGCAAGACAGGUGAUAUUUCAAAUCGUGGCAUAAAAUGGAUUCAGAAGGUCAAGAAUAAGUAAUUCUCUGAAAAAAGGGAAUUACUAGAAGCCUUAAAUCGUUUACAUAAACGUGUUAAUGGUGGUCAUGGAGAAUCUAAGUGAUCCUAAUAGUAUUGUUGUAUGGGGAAGACAUAUAAAACUCACCGGAAUAGAGAAAGAUUUUCAAGACCUUGGGCAUCUGCUCUAUGACAACAAUCAAACAUACCACUCCGGACUAACGAGCAUCGUCACUCUUUUUCUUAGUGAAAGUUCUGGGUAAGUCUUAUUUAAGUGUAAUUAUGUUGUACAAGUGUAUAACUUAACAUAAAUUUUCAACUACCACUUAAUUGUAUAUCGGAAUAAAUAUUACAAGUACUACGUACAUGGUAACACUUGUGGAAAAAGUGUUGUAAAUUUGUACAUGGUAAUUUUUACAUGGUAUUUUUUGGGUAACACUUGUGAAGUUUUGUAAAUUUAGUGCUUGUAAAGUUUAUGCCGUUGGGGGUCUUGAGUCAAAUCAGCUUACAAACUUUCCUUUUACAACAUUACCCCACAGGCCACAAACUUGCAUAACCUACCCACAUUUGUGUAAAAUUGCCCUUAAUUUUUUCAUAAAAAUAGCUCCGCACGUGAUGGGUUUUGAUUAUGUACAAAUUGUCCUCUAUACAAACCGAUCCUUUUUUUUUUGAGUAUUUACAAACUGAUCCUCUUAAAUUUAUUUUGUUAUUUUCUUAAGCAAUCAUGAUUUUGCUGACUGUUAUUCCGCAUUGCUGACCUUGAAAUGAUAAAAUGACUUAUAAUUCAUCAUUACUGAUCACAGAGCCUUACCAAUAAACCAAGGUUACAAAUACUCCUUAUAUUUGAUGUAUUACUCUCUAGUAUCUUCAACUCCAUUAUUUGAUUUGUUUAUCAUCAUCUAUACUAAAUAGGAGUAGUAAAUAGUCUAAUUAAAACUGUCAUUUUGUUAUCUCGCCCAUGUUAGCACAAUAGAUCUUUUAUUAUAAAAAAAGCUACGAGUACGAUAGACCUUAGAAAAAACUAGGGGUGAGAUCUGUCCGGUGUGGGUCGGGUUUUUGCUAAACCCGGAAAUUACCUGGAAGGUCUUGGGUUAUGAAAAUUAGGGACCGGAACAAAGCCCGUCAUAUUCGGUCCGAGUCGGGUUUUUGGUAGCCCGGGUUCGGUCCGGGUUUGGAUUGGGCCGGUUAAAGCCCGAACGUGAACUAUCUCAUUGUUCUUUUAUAUCUUAACACAUAUUUUCAAAUAAAAUUAAUGAAAAAUACAAACCACAAAUAGUAACACAAAUAUUAAUCUUCAAAAUCACCAACAUUCAAAUCCAAAGAAGAUAAUUAUCUUAAUAUUUUAUUUAAGAUGCAUAUAAAUAAAUAAUAUAGGUUUCUUAACAAUAUUUUGAAAUAAAAUUUAUAGAUAAAAAUGUGAAUAGAGUUCCUAUAAAUCUAUUUUUCAUGGUCAUUAUGCUAAACAAAUUGAACUUAUUUUUAGUCAGUAAAGUUACUAAAUGAUUUUUUUAUCCACCGUGAUUAUAAUCAUAUAUUAGGAAAUAUUUAUAAAUUUAUACUCAUAUAUUAUAUUAAUUUUAUAUUAAAGCUAAUUGUUUUGGGUUUUUCCGGUCCGGGCCGGGUUAUAGAUUUUAAGGCCCGUUAAUGAGCCCGAAAUUUCGGGUUCGGUCCGGGUAUUUUUAAUUCGGGCCGGUUAAAAAGAAAAAACCCGGACCGGGGUCAUAAUUCGGGUCGGUCUAGGGUCGGUUUCCGGGUUUCGGUUUGGGUUUUCCCACCCCUAGAAAAAACAUCAUAUUUUGAAAAGGCAAAUUGUAUCAAAAUAUCACGUGUUCUCUUCUAACCAAGAUAGAACUCAUAUUUUAGCAUAAUAUAUAUGCUACUCCUUCCGUCUCAUUUUACCUGUCUUACUUUCUUUUUUGAGUUGUCCCAAAAUAAGUGUCACAAAAAAAAUUGGAGUUUUUUUUAUAAGGUGUAGUUUUGGAACUUAUUUCUCAAACUAGGGUAGUUUCAAACUUAUUUCCCAAAUCAGGGCAAUUUUUGUCAUGUCAUUUAAUUAUGAUUACGGUUGCCAUGUCAGCCUGUCCACUUCAUUCAACCAUUUCCGAUUAGGUGACAACUCUGGUACCCAUUUAUAAAAUGGGGUACCGUACCUAGGGGUGGACACGGGGCGGGUGGUCCAACCCGGAACCGGCCCGAACCGGCAUUGUUCCGGCCCGGCCCGGCCCUGCCCGGUGGCCCGGUCCGUGAUCGGUCCGGGUAGGCUUGACCCGCUGGGGUUCCGGUCCGGGCUCGGGCUCCCUAAAUCACGAACCGGCUUGGCUGGUUCGGGCCCGGUUCCGAUUCGUUUUAAUUUUAAUUUUUUUUCAUUUUUUUUUGUUUUCGGGUUGGGCUGGGUAUUUUGGGCCAUUUGGGGUGGUUUGGGGGUGAGGGGGUUGGGGGUUAACUAUGAAAAGGGGGAAAAAAAUAACUAAGGCCUAGCCCGGGCCGGACCCGGGGAGUACCCGGGCCGGUUCCGGGGCCCCCAUUCUUGAACCGCCGGCCCGGGCCCGAACCGGCCCGAGUCCACCCCUAACCGUACCUACCAUGCAUUUGAUUGGUCCAAGUCAUGAUAUCCUUUUUUAUUUAGAUUUAAAUAAUUCAACUGCAACACUCUUAUUGGUCCAUGUGGACAAAUAUAUGGUACCUUAAGGGUACCAUAGGGCAAAUUCUACCGUGCAACCGGCAUAUCUUGCGCAUGGUAUGCCGGUAUUAAUACAGUGCCGUUUUUUAUACUUCCCCUGCCUCGUUUUUUUCUUCUUUCUCAUUGAUUACUUUUAAUUUUCUUUAUCAAAAGCCUUCAUGCUCUCUAUUUUCUUAUCUACACUCACACACUCCAAUCAUCGUUCCACCAUCAUUUUUUCCAUUCUAUGUUUAUUUUAAUUUUUUUAUUAUCAAAAGCAAUCAUGGUAAUAAACAAUUUUUUUUAAUUUAGGAACAAUGAUGUAUGUAUUACAAUUUUGAGAUUAAAUUUUCAUUCUUUCAAAAGAAAUUAAUUAUGUUUUUUUUUUCUGUCUUAGUCCUUAUUCAUACACUUUUUUCUUUUCUUAUUUGCUUCAACUUAACUUACAAUAAAAAAUUAAUUUUUUUCUUCAAAAUAAAUAGUUUUAUAUUUUAUACAUUUGUGUGAUUUAUAUUUCAACAUGUGUGAGUUGUGUUUAUAGACAAUUUCUGGAAUUACAUUUGAUAAUAUAUAAAGGUACACCUUCUUAUGCGCGAGUUACAUCUGUUUAUACGUGAGUUACAUUUUAAUGUACUCGAGUUACAUCAUGAAAUAAACCUUGCUAAUGAUCAAAAAAUGAUUUUUUAACUAUAUCAUUUUUAUGAUAAAAAAACAAUAUCAUUUUUGUAACCCUAAUAUUAAAAAACAUAUUCACUAUUUACAAAAAGUAAUUGGGCAAAUUAAAUAGGAUCAAUUUGUAAUUGUUUACAUUGAAAUCAAUGUUGAUAAUAUACAUAAGUUUUCUUUUCUUUUCUUAUAUGUAUUUAUGUAUAUAUAAGAUGUUUACAUUUCAACUUUUCUAGAAUUACAUUCUAAUGUACACAAGUUGCAUCUUAAUGUACGCGAGUUACACCACUAAAUAAACCAUGCUAAUGAUAAAAAAAUAUUUUUAACUAAAUCAAUUUUUAUAGCCUUAAUGUUAAAAAUUCAAAACAUAUUCACUAUUUAUAAAAAGUAAUUGGGAAAUUAGGAUCAAUUUUUCAUUGUUUACAUUGAAAAAUUCCGUUUUUGACAACUUACAUAUCAACUUGACUUAAGUUACAUUUCCUAUCAACGUGAGUUACAUUUUUGUGAACGGGAGUUACAUCGUCCUGCUACUAAAACACAAAAAAAAGUUACUGUUCAUCCGUGUUUUACCCCUGGGAGCAUGAUGCUCAUUGUGCGCAGGUACCACGAUAUACGAAUUGGUACCGUAGAAUCUACCUUCCGAUUAUCACUGCGGUUGCUAUUCAGGCAUUUCCGUGUCAUCCAUACAAAAACAAAAAGUUAUGUACACCCAGGAUUCGAACCUGGGCUGAAGAAGUAUGGACGUGCUUCACAUAGGGGUUCAACCACAAGGCUACACCUUUCACUUCCCUAAAAUCACUUUUUCUAAUAUUUAAAUACAAUGUUUGUAUAAUAAAAAACAUAAUUUUUUUAACGCUAAUAACAAGCAUAAUUAAAAACUUAAUUUGCACUAGAAUUAGAUAAAUUCUAAUUAAAAACUUUAUUAGAGAAAUUAAAUUAAAAAUUAAAUAAAAAUUCAAAUAUAAAACUUAAUUUGUGAUAUUUAAUUAAAAAAUUUAAACGUAAUUGAACUUAUAUAAAAACAUAAUUUGAAAUAUGUAAUUAAAAAAAUUGAAUUAACACGAAAAUACUAAAUUAAAUAAUUAAAUUUAAUUCUAGUGCCUAGUAAAUUUAAUUCUAGUAAAUUUAAACGGAAUUAACACUAAUAUAUAAUUUUUUAUAUAUUUUUAAUGUAAACUAUCAUAUACUUUGGUGGUAAUAAUUUUUUUCUAAAUAAAAUCCUUUCUACGGAGUAGUAAAUUUUAAAAAUUAAUUAAAAUAAUAAAUUUGAGAUAAUUAAAAAAUAAAGACCUAAUUAAACUUUAUAAUAACAAAAUGUCAUGAGAGAGGGAGUAUAUUAUAUUUUACAAUAAAAGUAUAUAAUUUUUUUAAAUUAGGAUGGUCUAGGGACUAGAAUUAAAUUUAAUGUUAAUUAAUUAAAUUGAGUUUUUUCCCGUAUUAAUGUUAAUUAAUUAAAUAAUUACAAAAAUAGGGGUGCGUUAAAAGUAUUUAUCAAUAUACUGUUGGGUUAACCAUGGUCGGGGUAAGUCGCCCAACGGUUGGGCGACUUAUAAGUCGCCAUCCGGUUUGGCGACUUAUAAGUCGUCCAACCGUUGGACGACUUACCUAUUGAAUAGGCAGUCGGGCUGGGUCUGCGAGAUGGAACAUGUUUUAUUCCCCCAAACCCCCAAACCCACUGCAGUGAUGAACGAAAGGCGGACGACCGAACCCAUCUCCGGCGAAGCUCCAUCUCCAACUCCGGCGAAGCUCCAUCUCUGGCGAAGUCAUCUACCCAAGGUCUCUCCACCUCCAUCUUCUUCAACACUCUUUCUUCUAGCGAAAUCAAACUCCAUUUUAUCUCAUUUUGAAGUUAGGGUUUUGAAAGUUAAAAUUUUCGAAUUUUUAGAUUAUGAAUUGAUUUGUGAAUUAAUGUGUUGUGAAAUGUGGAUAUGUAUGAAAAGUUGAAAUUUGAUAUUAAAUUGAUUGUAAAUUUUAAUGUGUAUUUUGACAUUUGGGUGGAUUUGAAUGUAGCUAAAUUUGGGUAUUGAAAUAUAGACUAGAAUGUAGAUAUCAAAAUUUGGGUAUUUUGAUAUUGAAAUGUGAAUUGAUUGUGCAUUUUGACAUUUGGGUAUAUUAGAAUGUAGCUAGUUUUUUUUUUAAUUGAAAAACUUAAUGUGUAUAAACUGGGUAUGUAACACCGUCCCCAAAUAUAUUUACUUUUAUGUAAAUAAUGUAUUGAACCUUAUUAAAGGAUUAAUGAAUUUACGAAGUUGUAAAUUUUUAUUAUUUCUUUCGCGUGAAUAGAAAAUUGCACGUGGGACCCACACCGGGAGUGGGGGCCGCCCGACAUUCCCGAGACCAUAUAUUUUAUUCAUCUUGGUCUAGAUAAUAAAUAUAUAGUGGUGGAUAUUUCAUUUGGGCCAUGGAAAGGCCCAGAGUUGACCGAUCGAUCAAAAGAAGCCCAAAUUACCGGUACUGGUAAUUUAACGGAUAACGGCCCGAACUGAAUUUCGGAGGCUUAUGAAUUAAAGUUGGGGAAUGUAUAUUCAUUAUACAUGUCAUAAUGAGUAAGAGCACAUAAUAUAUUUUAUUUGACCCGAUAAAAUAAAAUAUAUUUAAAACAGUCCGAAAAAAUACAAUUUUCGGGACAAAUUGUACACGUCGGGGCAAAAAGGGUUGACCUCCCACAUGAGUGGGGGCCAACCCACGAUUUUUGCCACUCAAAUUGAGGGCUUGGUCGGCUGUUUGAAGAGGAAAGCAUGGGAGGGAGAGGUUGACAUGAUCUAAAAGGCAUCAAACAAAAAUGAGGUGGCCCCCCAUCCACACCCAUUUGUUCAAUGAGACAAAGGGGUAAGCCUCACCCCUCUCCCACCCUCAUUUUCGGCCAAGAGAACCCAGGAAGAGCAAGAAAAACCACCCAGCCUCCUUCCUCCAUUGUUGAAGAGAAAUCAUCAAGGAAGAAUCACCCAAAACGGAGCUAAAGUGCUAAAAGUGUGAAAUAACUAAGGAACUUGUGAAAGGUAUUUCAAGUGAUUUCACAAAGUUGGUAAAGUCGCCGGAGUUGUCGCCGGAGUUGACCGAAAGUCGCCGGAGUUUCACCGGAGUUCAACCAAGAGGGGUAGAACUUCAUAACGCUAGUUCAAGGUACUAGAGUUAAUGCAAGGGCCUUUGCAAAGGGAGUAUAUUGCUGCAACUCAGCAUUUGGUGAAAGAGGAAGAGGAGUGUUAUUAUCCAUUAGAUGAGUAUAUGGGUAUUGCCAUGGAGCAAUAGAGUAACAAGCCUCCUGUAUUUAUUGAUGUAAUAAUGAAGGGAAAAGGGAAAAUUUAAAGUUGUUUUUGGAUAUAUUUUUUAUCAGUCGUGUAUUUCUCACCAUGGUUUUAGCUACAAGCUGUAAAAAUACACUUCAAUGUACUUUGUAAUUCAGUCCACAUCUUUCUUUGAUGUACUUUGUAAUGCAUUCCACAUAUUCCUUUACUGUACUUUGUAAUGCAGUCCACAUAUUCCUUGAUCAAUAGUGCCUUCGAAUGCUUCAUAAUCUAGUGGCACGCUUUAUCGUGUACACUUUUUAUUUCAAAUGGCUUGCGUCAGUUAAGUGGAGGGUAAUUUAGCGCAAUUUUUUUUUUGUUUCUCCUUAUUAUUUGUCAUGCCGGUCAAUUUUGGCGAACAACUCCAAGGCGGAGAGAGUAAUUGAUAAUAAUGUACGUACUCAAAUGUACAUUAUUUAGAGUUAUAAUUUAAUUAAAUUUUGGAAUAUUAUUUGUAUACCUAAAAUAAACCACAUGUGUUGGUGAACAAUUUACAAGAGGCUAUAUAUAUCUACUUAAAUCCUCCAUUUCUGAUUUCUCCAUCGCUAAACCAAUCAAUUGUCCGUAGAACAAUAUUCCCUCUUUCCUUAAAAACGUGUCAAGUUUAACUGUCAUGUGAAAUAAUAAAGAAAAAGUGUGUGAUUGAGAUUUUGCAGAGAAGAGGGAAAUAAUAAGAAUCACAAUUUCAUUGUUUUAAAGAGAAAGUGACACAAUUUCAUUAUUUAAAAGAGAAGGUGAUAAAUGAUUUAAAAAAAAAAAAGAGAAGGUGACAAGUGUUUGAGACCACUAAAACAAGAAAUAUGACAAAAUUGUAAGGGACAAAAAAAGUAUUUCCCCAUCUCUUUUAUGUGCUUAAUGAGCGUUGAUGUAUGCAAAUGAUUUUUAAAGGUGUUUCCAAUUCUUUUAACGGGUAUUCAUACAAAAUUAGUGUUUUCAAACGGAUCAUUCUACAUUAAAGCUGAAAUCUAUUAGUAAUGGAAUGACAUUUAAAAUUGAUUAUCAAUCUUUUUGUACUUUACUUUCUCAGGUAUCUGAUCUGUUAAAUGUCAACAUCCUUGACUGUAAUAGUUUUGAAUCUGUGACCUCCUUCUUAGAGUGUAUAAAAAUAAUGUCUUCGCAAAGUACCUAACGAUUUCCACAUCGAAAAGUAUUUCUUCAUUGAACGCUAAUUUUUUAAAAAUCAUUUAUCUUUUCAAACAUGAUUAACUUUACUAUUAAUUACUUGGUAUAAUGUCCCUGGAACAAACCAUCCUUAAAUGUAAAAAUAAAGGCAAAAGUUCUUUAUCCACUCUAUUUCACUCUAUUAAGAGCAUCUCCAUUCAUGAUUUCCAAUAAUCAUUUUUUUCUAUGAUUUUUAUUAUUUAAGCAUUGUCAUGUAAUUAAUUUUAAAAUAAUCUCAAAAUUCGUUUAUGCUUCUCAAUUAUCAUUUUCAAAUAAUCUGCGUUUUCUUUGUCCUGCAUUAAGCUCUAUUACAUAUACUUUGUAAAUAAUCUUAAAACAAU